AUCAUAGAAGGAAAUCCAAACAAUGAAUUUAGGAUUGAUUCAGUUACUGGAGUAAUAUCAAUAGCCAAACCUUUGGACCGUGAAAAGAGGUCUUCAUACACAUUGGUUGUCCAGUCAUCAGAUCGUGGUAGCAAUUCGCGGACGGACACAGCAACAGUUAGCAUUAUUCUAACAGAUGUUAAUGAUGUGGUUCCUAAAUUUGAAUUAUCACCCUAUUCAGUUAAUGUUCCUGAAAAUCUGGAGUCCUUGCCAAAAGUUAUACUUCAGGUUGUGGCUAGAGAUGAUGAUCAGGGCCUUAACAGCAAAUUGAUAUAUGCACUAGCUUCUGGCAAUGAAGAGCGGGCAUUCAGGUUGUCAUCAAACGGGCAGCUUAGCAUAGUAAAAAGUCUGGACCGAGAGGUGAAAGAGCAGUAUAUUUUACUAAUCACAGCAGUGGAUUCAGGGUCUCCGGCUCUUACAGGAACUGGUACUAUUACAGUAAAUGUAGAUGAUAUCAACGACAAUAAACCAGCAUUUGCCUUAAACCAGCAUUUUAUAAGUAUCUCAGAAGAUGCACCUACUGGAACAGAUGUAUUACUGCUCAAUUGCUCAGAUCCUGAUGCUGGCCUGAAUGGUGUUGUUCGAUACAGCCUUGUUGGUGGCAACUCUCAGUUCACAAUUAACCCCUCUACUGGACAGAUAAUAAGUAGUUCAUUGUUAGAUAGGGAGACGAAGGACAACUAUACACUGCUCAUUAUGGCUACUGAUGGGGGAUCACCAAGCUUAUCAAGUUCAACAAGUGUGACAGUGAACAUUCUUGAUGUAAAUGACAACCCACCAAGAUUUCUACAUCACCCAUAUGUCACCCAUAUUCCAUCACCAGCAUCUGCAGACUCAUUUGUGUUUGCUGUCACAGUUACUGAUGAAGAUAUUGGAUCCAAUUCAGAGCUUCACUUUUCCUUGAAAGGUCGGCAUUCAGACAAGUUUCACAUAGACCCACUG